AUGGUCAAAUUGAUUUCCCUCGCCACGCUGGCCCUGGCCAACGUGGCCAUCGCCAGUCCAACCGUCUAUCUGAUCCGUCACGGCGAAAAGCCCAGUUCCGGCGAUGGCCUGAACGCUCAGGGCAUGCAGCGCGCCCAGUGUCUGCGCGAGAUCUUUGGGGCAAACUCCCAGUAUAACAUUGGACAUAUUAUGGCGCAGACGCCGAAGAGCAACGGCAAGCGCCAACGUCCCUACGACACCGUCAAGCCCCUCGCAGCCGACCUCGGUCUGUCCGUAGAUUUGUCCUGCGGCCGAGAUGACCCUGGCUGCGUCAAGAACGUCGUCAACAGCUACACCGGUCCUGGCAAUAUCCUGAUUUGCUGGGAACACAAUGCUUUGACGGAUAUCGUUUCGAAGUUGGGGGAUUCCAAUGCGCCGGAUUACCCUGAUCACAGCUUCAACAUUAUCUGGACUGAUCCUGCGCCGUAUAAUGCCAUUACUGCGCAGACUAGUGAAAACUGCCCUGGUCUGGAUAACUAG